AUGAGCGCCGAUUGUUCAGUUGGAUCCAACCCGCUAGCGCAACUAAAUAAGCAUGCUCAUGAAAAUCCAGCUCUUAGACGUGGUAUACCGCAGUCUUCUAAUGGAGGUGCUGCUCAUCAGUUCAAAACUCAAGUGAAUGGAGUUUCUAAUGCUAACCUUUUACAGAUGGACCAAUUCAUGAACAGAAGUCCUGGUUUCAGAGACCCACAAUUAGGUCAUAUGCCUGUACCACCUCUGAUGCAGAGUCAUAGUAAAGGGCCUGGUAUAAGCUCUGUCAACCAACCCCAACGCUCAAAUAACUGGGCAAACGAAUUUGGGGUUAGCAGUGAUCCGUCUACAAAUCUUGUUAAUAAGAAUAGAAUGGGUAACAUGGGUAACAUGGGUAACAUGGGUAAUACAUUUGAGCAAGUUCCAAAUGGUAAUAUAUCAUCAUACAGGCCAGGAAUGACACAUAUGACAAGGCCAAUGAUGCACACAGGUGUGUCAUCAUUACAGAACUAUUCCCACCUUGCACAGCGUUCUCAACAACCACAAAUGGCAAAGGAUGAAAAUAUUAUGGUGGACAAGCAAUGGGAUGAACAAUUUGAAGCUUUGGAAAAAGGAGCCUUCGAGAACUUGAGCCUAGAUGAUACAAAGGAAAGUGCUAAGGAUGAAAUCGUUAUAGAAGAUGGUUAUCAGGCAGAAUUCCAAGAAGUGUGGGACAAAUUGCAAACGGAAGCUGCUUCUAACAUCAAUUAUGAUAACAGUGAUUCACAGUGGGAGAAUGACUAUGCCCGCUAUACUUCAGGUAAAGCUGUUCAUAUUGCACCUUACAAAUUUGAUACCGAAAACCAGUAUAUGCACAAUCCUAACGCAUACGAGAUUGGAUGCAUAUUGAUGGAAAACGGUGCAAAGUUGAGCGAGGCAGCAUUAGCAUUUGAGGCAGCCGUUCAAGAGGAUCCUGGUCAUGUAGAUGCUUGGUUGAAAUUAGGUUUGGUCCAAACCCAAAAUGAAAAAGAACUGAAUGGCAUCAGCGCGCUAGAACAGUGUUUGAAACUUGAUCCAACUAACCAAGAAGCCCUUAUGACCAUAUCAAUCAGUUACAUCAAUGAAGGGUAUGAUCUUACCGCAUUCAGCAUGCUUAACAGGUGGUUAGAUAGUAAAUACCCUAACUUGGUUCCUGAAUCGAAAAUUGAUGAAAACAACAUAGACAGAUUUAACAUGAGCAAACAGGUAAUAACGAAAUUCUUGCAGGUAGCCAACGCCUUACCUCAAGUAGAUCCUGAAGUUCAAUUGGGCUUAGGUACCUUGUUCUAUGCUAACGAGGAGUUUGAUAAAACUAUUGAUUGUUUCCGCGCCGCCUUAGAGGUUAAUCCAAACGACGAGUUGAUGUGGAACCGCUUGGGAGCAUCCUUGGCAAACUCCAGUCGUAGCGAAGAAGCAAUCCAAGCAUAUCACAAAGCAUUAACAUUAAAACCUUCCUUUGUAAGGGCACGUUACAACUUGGCUAUCUCAUCCAUGAAUAUUGGAUGUUACAAAGAGGCUGCAGAAUCUCUACUCUCAGCAUUAUCGAUGCAUGAAGUUGAGAAUGUUCCAGUUACUGGCUCAGUUGUGCAGUCAAAUAAUAUUUUGGAAACUUUAAAACGGUCUUUCAUUGCGAUGGACAGAAGAGAUUUGCUAGAAAAGGUCAUGCCGGGCAUGGAUUUGCAGCAGUUUCGUAACGAGUUUAAUUUCUGA